UCGUGGUUGAAAUAUAUAUCUCUGGCAUAAAGUCUUCAUUGUUUACAUUAGCCACGAUUUCUGUCAGACAUAAAUAUGCAAUAACUAACAUUGUGAGCUUGUGUACUUUGAGCGUGGGGUCAAGUUUCGGCGAGUCCGUCCUUCAAGAUUCUCCAAGAGAGACGACAGUCGUGACGAAAACCUCAUGCGAACUUCUACGCCUGUCGCAGCACGACCUCAAAGCACUUGCUGAGAAAAACAAAGACGUUAUGACGGAGCUAAUUUCCAACUGCAAGAUGAAAAACGGGCUGGGCGGAGUUGGAAAGACACCCCAGUCGCCUCCACCGGUGGUGCAGCAGGGGAAAAGGACGUUGAGCCCUGACCAGACCAAUCCUGCCGAACCAAUUACAGAGGUCCCUUCCGUCGUUAUGACGAGAGCCGCCUGGGUAUUGAGGACGCUCCUGCUCAAUGAGGCCGAGUCUAUUUUACGGGAGAGAAAAACCGCCGGUGGCAGGCUCGUGGUGCCCUGCUGCGCUUCGGGAAGCGAACUGGUCACCUGGCUGGUCAGCCUGGCCCCGGAUAUCGACAGGCAUCAGGGUACGACCAUGUGGCAGGCGUUGCUGGAAGAAGGUCUCAUAUAUCACGUUACUGGAGAACAUCCGUUCAAAGAUAAGUGCGUCCUUUACCAAUUCAGACAGGACAGGGACAUCACUUGCAUCCCACGUCCGCCACCGCAGGACAUAGCCGAGGCCGAAGAACACUUGCACGAAGCCAUAGCGGACCUGAGCGACCGCGGGCCCGACGCCUGGCUCAGGAUGAUACUAAGAAAGCCGAGCAACGACAGGACCCCGGAAGAUCUGGAGAUCAUUUAUGAAGAACUCUUACACAUGAAACCUCUCUCUCAUCUCUCUAACUCGAUGAAAAGGGAACUGGCGAGUGUCAUCAUGUUCGAAGCUCAUCCCAGAUCAGGUUCGAUAGUGUUCGAGCAGGGAGAGGAAGGAAGGUCGUGGUAUCUCGUGCUCAACGGUUCCGUCGACGUCGUCAUCCACGGAAAAGGGGUUGUAGCAACACUCCACCAAGGUGAAGAUUUUGGAAAACUGGCCUUGAUCAACGACGUACCAAGGUAAAUUUGCAUUUAUAUCUGUAGUCUUUAACUUAUACCCAUAAAACCCUGUGAAACAAAUAAGAUAUAAA